UAGCUAACUCAUUUUCAAUGGGGAAUGUCCUUCUCACUAAAGAAGAGAUGGUUGAACAUAACUUCACUGAUUUUAAAUACUACAUGGAAGCUAAGAAGAUUCGACCAUAUCUAAAGCUGCUGACCAAUUGGUACUUCAAAGAUGUCCUGAACAUGUAUUCAAGAUUUGUUGAAUACAGCAAAGGAGUGAACUACCAAUACAUUUCAACUAGAACCUUCCAAGAGUUGUCAUGCCUCAAAAGUAUCCUAGCCAACUGUGUAUUCGAAUACUUUCAGAAAUACUCAGUUGGAUCCAAGGUCGAUUUUUAUGAAAUAUUUUUCUGUAUUGUCUGGACCUCAUAUGCAACCACUGAGCUGAAGGUAAAGCUCAUUCUUCAUGUCCUGAAUGAUACAGGAGGAGCGAUCAAUUUUGGACAGUUCAGGUUUAUCUUCCUGAAAUCAGUCAGAGGUUUCUGGGCUCUUAUGAACUGUCCAAGAUAUACUGAAGAGUAUCUUGAACUUUCAAUCAAGAAAGCUUUUAAAAUGGCUGAUAUUGACCAAAAGGAUUCAGUAAACUUUCCUAAUGCUGUCUUAUGGAUCAACAUCAACUAUGAGUUUACUCUUUUACUAAACAAGUUCACUAAGAAUAAUGAUAUGGAGAAGACCAAAUCUGAAAUGGCAAAAUUUAAACACUUUUCUCAAAUAGAGUACAAAGAAAUUGUGCCUGAAGUAUUAAACACGAAUAUCUUCAUGAAAAAGUUUAAAAGAGAACAACUCAAGCUUAAAUAAGGAAAGAAUUAGAAAAAAUUCAGAGAAAACAUUCAAAAGGCUAAACCUCCACUUCCCGGAAAAGAGAUCUAAGAGAAGAAAGGCUAGCAGAAACACAUCAGGUUCAGUUUCUAAGAAAAGACUUCUCAAAAGAAAAGCUUGCAAGCUUAACUCUUUUCAAAAGGAAAGUCAUGAUAGCUCAAAAGUUCAGAAUGAUUUCAAAACUGAUCCUAAGAAAUCAGGCCCUGAACUAGACAAAGAAUAUGAUAGAAUAAUGAGCCAAUCCAAUCGUUACACUAAAGGAGUGUUCUUCCUGACUUGUGGGCAACCUUCGCUCAAAUAAUGUUCCUAAAAAGAGAAGAACUCAGAAGACAACUCUCCUCAAAGAGGCUCAAACAAAGAAUGUAUCAAAUAUUUUUAAAUCCCACAAUCAGAAAUAAGGGCUUAUCCCAAAAUAUGAAUCCAAGCUUCACAAGAAAUAGUACGAAAUCUUUCCAGAGUCUGAAGGGAGGGUUGAAUUCCAAGAACACGUCAAGUGAUAGCUACUUGGAUUUCCAUAAGUUUAGCCUGAAGAAUAUAAAGACCAAUACUGACCAAAUAGAUGAUGAGCAACUAAUACAAGAGUUUUACAAGACCAUUGAGAGGAAGUCAUGCAAGAGAGCAAAGGAAGGCUUUGAUGUUAGUAAACUUUUCAUGUCUGAUAAGCCAUUCAUCAAACCCCAUUUCACAAAAGAUAUGAAAAGGAACACUACAGAUAGGUUCUUCUGAAACUCAACUAAGAGCUCGGUUAAUCAGAAGAUCAUCCGCUUAAAAAGCAAGUCCCGGCAGAUAUCAAGCUCAUUCCUUAACGCAGAGUAGUAAAGCCAGUG